ACCAAAUCACUCAUCCUCCUCCUCCUUUGAUCCCCUUUCAAACUCUAGCAUCAUGGGUGUUAUCACUUAUGAGCAUGAGAUCACUUCUUCAAUCCCACCACCCAAGAUGUUCAAGGCCUUUAUCCUUGACUCUGAUAACCUCAUUCCCAAGGUCCUUCCUCAAGCUAUAAAGUGCGUUGAAAUAAUUGAAGGAGAUGGGGGGCCUGGAUCCAUCAAGAAGAUUACUUUUGGAGAAGGGAGCCAAUUCAAUUAUGUGAAGCACAGGGUUGAUGGAAUAGACAAAGAGAACUUCACAUACAGUUACAGUGUGAUUGAGGGAGACGCUUUGAUGGGCACCCUUGAAUCAAUUUCUUAUGAGGUCAAGUUGGUGGCUUCUCCCAAUGGAGGAUCCAUCUGCAAGAGCACUAGCAAGUACCAUACCAAAGGUGACUUUGAGAUCACAGAAGACCAAAUUAAGGCUGGCAAAGAGAAGGCUAUGGGCCUGUUCAAGGCUGUUGAAGCCUACCUCUUGGCCAAUCAUGAUGCCUAUUAAGUGAAAUGGACCAUAUUGUGACAGUCUCUUUUGUUGUGUCUUAAUUUCAUCAGUUCAAGUUGUGUCUUUUAUAUAUACAUAUCUUCUUUGUGGCCAUGAGAAAGAUAGAGGCUUGAUGAUAAGAAGGGUAUAUAUGGGUGCAUUUCCUUGACUUGCUUGUAAUGCUUGAUUGGAAUAAGGAGUCAUUGUUAUAUUACUUCAAUAAACAAAAUGGAAAUCAUAUCAUAAAGUAA